ACGACCUUCACGAUAACGACGCGUGCAGGUUGGCCUUUUGGAUUUUGUUUGUAAUACGCCCAUUUUCUUCUUCCUUCUUUCUGAUACCCUGCCGGCGCCAUGGGCUCCGACGAUUUAAUCGACUUCGAGGUGAUCGAGAACCAAAAGGAGAACAUUCAGUCUCUGCCCAGCGGCCGCUCCGCAAAGGCACUCGCACAACUAUACACGCCGCCGCUCUCGUCCGCUGCGGGCGCCACGCCGUCACCGUCACAGCUACAAGAUGCGCACAGCGAAACGCGUCAAGCGUUCGAGAAGGAGCUCCAGGCAAUCGACGAGUCGGACGACCCGCUCGAUGUUUACGAUCGCUACGUCAAGUGGACACUGGACGCAUACCCUUCGGCGCAGAACACGCCACAGUCCCAGCUUUGCCCGCUGCUCGAGCGCGCGACCAAAGCCUUCCAGUCCUCGUCGCAUUACCAGAACGACCCCCGCUACCUAAAGAUGUGGCUCCACUACAUUCGCCUCUUCUCCGAUGCGCCACGAGAGACAUUUGCCUACCUUGCGCGACACAACAUCGGCGAUGAGCUCGCCCUAUACUAUGAAGAGUUCGCAGCUUGGCUUGAGACGGCCGGACGUUGGACGCAGGCCGAGGAGGUGUACAGCAUGGGCAUUGACAAGGAAGCACGCCCUGUUGAGCGCCUUGUUCGCAAAUACGCCGAAUUCCAACAUCGCUUCGAAAGCCGACCCCAGCAAACCGCCGAGCCCACAAGCCCUGCGCUCCCUGCCGUGCGACCUGCCUUAGCAGCAAAGGUUGACCCUUUCGCAACCGGGCCAAUAGACCCGCAAGCACAGUCUCGAGCACAAGUCGGCGGCAGCUCUGCAAGGUCCGGGAAAUCGAAGCUCGCUAUCUUUUCUGAUGGUGACGAGCCACCGAAUCCUAGUUCGAGCGGAAGCUCCAAGGGAUGGGAUAGCAUUGGGUCUCUAGCAGACCGAAAGAAGGAAAACACACCCGAGGCACGCUCCUGGGUUGGAGAAACACUGAAGGUAGGAAAGAAAAACACCGGAGUUUCCAAGAUGAAGAUUUUUAAAGACGAGACUGCACUAGUGAACCUGAACCGUAAUUACGAACAUGUAAUACCUCAUCCAGUCCACCUAGAAGCACCGAGCGUGAAUCCUAAGACCGGGAGAGCGGAGGUUCCUUUCGCGAACCUUCGACUGAUCUACCCUAGAGCUGACGCAGAGUACUCUUUCGAAGAACUGCGAGCACAACAUCGUGGUUUGUUGAACAUUGAUUGGAACGCAGCUCGAAGGCGCGAGAACGACGAGACUAACACCGCAACUCUAGCGGUGGAGGAGAUGACGCCUAUCCCGCAGGAAAUUUCCCCAGCACCCCAGGAACUGGAGCAAGUCAAGGAGCAGGUUCUCAUCCCUAUAGAACCUGAAGCAGUGACCGAAUCCGUGGCCUCGCCAUUGGCAGAUGGAGACGAGCGCCUUGGCGCCAGACCUCAGAUCCAUGCAGUUGCGGCGCCGGUAUCAUUGGUGGAUGACGAUCAGACCAUCAAGGCUAACACGAAACUUCUAAUACACAUCGACAACGAAAUGCCAUCGUCAUUGCUGGAUCAGGUAGAGACUACCAAAGCCAACACGAAGCUUCUAAUACAUGUCGACAAUGAAGAGCCAGCGCCAUCUCUGGAAGAGCCUCCGACUAAGAUUAGCGAAAAACUUCUUAUUCAUGUUGAUGAUGAAGACCCAGCGUCAGUGCCGGAAGAAAACCAGGCCAUCGAGGUCAUCACCAACCUUGUUGUCCAUGUCGAUAGUGAAGUACCGCCGCAGUCAGCGUCGCUUGAGCAGAAGGUCCAAAAAAGGGCCAACAAGGCAUUUGCCGUUCUUGCGGACGAGGAGCCAAAGCCACAAAUCAAUCCAUUGGCAGAACAAAUACCUACGAGAGGGCCCUUCAAGACCCAGACUGUGCCUCUGAAAGGAUUCGACGACGAGGGAAACUUCAAUGAUGAAAACACACCUCCCUCGCAACUGGAAGUUGAGAAGGCGAAGGCAACCAAGAAGGCUAGACGGGAAGAACGUUCUAAUCGAACCCGAAAGAUCAAGGUGAUGGAGGUGAAGGAAAUUCGAAACGAGACGCAGACCAUUCAAACGAAUCUGGAUUCUCCGACAGGCCGUAAAAUUCGACGAAAGAAAUUGGGUAAAGAAGCAACGAUGACUGUCCAUACGAAAGAGGCUAUGGAUGAAAUCUACGACAUAUUCAAUGAACCGUUGAAGGAGGCCACGGAGGAAAUGGAGAGUGAAGAAGGGACGACUGACGGCGAUGAUGAAGAUGACUACACCAGUGGUGGUGAAAGUACAGGGACGGGCCACCUCUCUGGCGCCACAAGCGAGUUCGGAGACGAGACCACCGCUGCCGACUUCACGCUCGGUACGACAAUUGGUGAUUACGAGGUGGAAGAAAGCGACGUGGACGAAACCGAUACUAAAAGCGUAUCGGCAUGGUCCGAUUUUACUGAGAGCAAACUCGUACCCAAGGAUCACAAAGGCUCUGGAUCAGAAGACGAAAGCGAAGGUUCAGAAGAUACCUCUUUCAGUGAAAUCUCACACUCGCACGACCACACCGGCCACACUGACGAGCAAUCUGAAGAUCUUGUUACGCCUACGUCUCCAGAGCUGCCCUCGCACUCCUUACCGACACGUUACGUUCCUGUACCCCCCGACAGCUACGAUGUGCCUACAGGGCCAUAUCGUGACCCUGCCCUUGCUGCCAACAAUCGCCUGCCCUUCAUGACGCCGAUCGUAGAGAAGACCGAAUCAUCACUAGGGAUCGCAACAGCUCAUGCUCAAAAGGACUAUUUCGCGGCAAAAACGCCUUCACGUUCUAAAGGGACCCCAGCAAUCAUCGAAGACGACGACGAACCUUGGAGUAGCCCUUUCCAUGGAGGGCUCGCCCCUUCUGUGGAUGGCGCAGGAAAAGUGACGAAGCUAGCCCUGUGCGAAGCGAAACCAGCGAAGGACGUCGGCAUCAAAGAUACGAAGUCGAAAGGUCCAAUAAUCCACGAUGCGCAGUGCAACCCUGUUGAUGAAAUGAUACGAGAGACCAUCCUCCGAGAAAUACAACCCCCGCUAGACUCAUAUGAUGGCUACUUUGCGGAUACAGAGUGCGCUUACGGCAAAGGUGCAGACAUACGCAAGUACACGAAAGCUGUGAAAGCUGCAUCAAAACUGAAUAGCCGAGCCUCUGGUGAUAAGACGACGACAAGUCUGACCGUACCUCCGACUCUUCGCUUCCCGGGCAGUGAGAGGAUGUACACCGUGAAGAAGGAACUCGGUAAAGGCGCUUUUGCCCCGGUUUAUCUAGCCGAAAGUACUUGUAUCGAAGAUGAACAGGACGAGGACGGGCCUAUAAAGAUGGGUAAAGGCGAUUUUGGUGUCAGACGUCACACUUUGGAAGCACUCAAGAUGGAGGAGCCACCCUCGCCAUGGGAGUUCUAUAUCAUGCGGCAAGCCAAGAGGCGUUUAGGCGUUUCUCGCGCGGCAGAGUCGGUGAUCCACGCAUACGAGAUGCAUCUAUUCAAGGACGAGUGCUAUUUGGUUGAGGAAUUCAGAGACCAAGGCACACUGCUUGACCUAGUCAAUGUUGCCCGUGCGGACAACGGUGUCAUGGACGAGCAGCUUGCGAUGUUUUUUACCGUCGAGCUCUUCCGCACGGUCGAGGCACUACAUUCCAAGGGUCUGAUUCACGGUGACUUGAAGGCUGACAACAUCCUCGUACGCUUUGACGCAUUAUCAAAAGACGAGCUGUGGGAUUCCCAGUAUAAGCGCGACGGUAGGGACGGUUGGGCAUCCAAGGGCAUCACUCUAAUCGAUUUUGGCCGUGGUAUCGAUAUGAAGGUGUUCAAGCCGGAUGUGCAGUUCAUCGCCGACUGGCCUACUACCGAAGCUGACUGCGCCGAGAUGCGCGAAUUAAGGCCGUGGACGUACCAGAUUGACUAUCAUGGCCUUGCAGGCAUCAUUCACAACCUGCUCUUUGGCAAGUACAUCUCCACCGUAGCUGAAAGAGCGGCCACGCUUGGUGCUGGCGCAACGAAGACUUACCGAAUCAAAGAGAGUCUCAAAAGGUACUGGCAGACAGAGAUAUGGCAGGAGGCUCUCGAUCUGUUGCUGAACCCGUUGAUGCAUUUGGAAAUUGAAGAGGACCGGAAAAUGCCGGUCUCUAGAGGAAUGAGAGACGUGAGAGAGAAGAUGGAGGUCUGGUUGGAAGCGAACUGCGAGAAAGGGGUGGGCUUGAAGGCAUUGGUUAGGAGGAUGGAGGAGGCCGUCAAGAAGAGGUAGCUGGUUCACGUUGGCUGCAGUGGAUUAGUGGCGUACAGGAUGCACUGCUUGGACUUUGGGA